AGUGGUUGCGGGGCCGCGCGGGUCGGGACGGGACCGGGAGCCGGAGCGGGAGUGGGAGUCGGGAGAUGGCGACGCGCUGGGAGCGGGAACGAGCUGAGCGGCUGAAUGAGCAGCGCCAGGCGGUGCUGAGCGGCCUCCUGCAGCAGCCGGGAAACAAGCACUGCGCCGACUGCCGGGCCACAGGACCAAGAUGGGCCUCGUGGAAUCUGGGCGUGUUCAUGUGCAUUCGCUGUGCCGGCAUCCACCGAAACCUCGGGGUCCACAUCUCCAAGGUGAAGUCGGUCAACCUGGACCAAUGGACACCCGAGCAGAUCCAGUGUAUCCAGGAAAUGGGAAAUGAAAAAGCCAAGAUACUGUACGAAGCACACCUUCCUGAGAACUUCCGUCGCCCACAAGUGGACCAUGCGGUGGAGGGCUUCAUACGAGAAAAGUAUGAGAAGAAGAAAUAUAUGGAUAAAAGCAUUGACAUUGCCUUGUUCAGGAAAGAAAAGAAUAAAUGGAAUAAAGAGAGUGAACCAAAGGCAAGUCCGACUCGGCCAGUUAUCUUUGAAAAAGUGAAAGUGCCUCCAAAAAGGGAAGAACCGCCACAGUUGAAAACCAGCCCUUCAGAACCACCUGGGCGUGUGGUGGACUUGCUGGGACUAGAUGCUCCUGUGGCUGCCCCUAUUCCCAAUGGGCCCCCGAGUGUAACUGCAGCUUUCCCUAGCGAUGACCUCUUCGGCCCCAUGAUGUCCAAUCCACUGACUGAAUGCAGCUCACACACAAAUCAGGUUGCACCCUCCGUUCCAACAGGAGAUGCUGAAAGCCUGAAUCUCUUUGCCGAACCUACUUCAAAAGCGGACGAAUCUGGGAAGAAACAGCUCUCCAAAGAUUCCAUCUUGUCUCUUUACGGUUCGCAGACGCACCAAGUACCUGCUCAAGGUGCCAUGUUCAUGCCCUCUGCUCAGAUGCCAUAUGCCGCCUGCCCACCAUCUGGCUAUCCAAAUUUCCCGGCUAUGGGUGGUACGGUGACUCCGCCCAGUAACAUGAUGGGACAGUCAAUGGGCAUGAUGGCGAUGCCAGCAGGGUUUGUUGGCAACAUGCACCCAGGGGUAAUGGGAGUGCCUAACGGAGUGAUGGCAGCACAGGGAGGAUACAUGGGUGGUAUGGGCAUGCAACAGCCAGUAUAUGGGGUGCAACAGGCACAGCAGUUGCAGUGGAAUAUUACUCAGAUGACUCAUCAGAUGGCGGGUUUCAACUUUUACGGUGCUGGAGGGGUGGUGGGCUAUGGGCAGCCGUCGGUGUCGAUGGGGGCGGGCGCAGCACCGGCUUCCAGUCCAUCCCUCAGCUCCCAGAUGUGGAAAUGAAAGGGAGGGAGAGAGGGAGGAAAGCAAAGGGAAAAGAUUCACUCAGUGUUUUAAAAUGUGCAGAGGACGUUUUGGGGCUUUUUUUGUACCACUUCAGCUGCAUAGCUUUCUGCGACUCAACUCCAUUCAGCCAGUCGGAUCUUUGUAUAGAUUUUAUAACUCACCACCAGAAUGGCGGGCCUCCAUAACCAAAGUCAUUUUUAAAAGUCUAUUUUUGCAACAGUAAAAGGAAAGUGAAUCAUUUUGUGGAAGGAUGAGUGUGUUGUUGAACGUUGCACUGUGGAGUGGCUCAAUGCUUUUACUGGAGCUGUUGGCUUUGUGCGAGUUUCACGAUCUUCAUUACUGCAGUCAAGUGUCGCUAAUUGGCAAAGCUGUUGACUUUAGUUUAUCUGUUGAGCUCGAGUGGAAUCACUUGAUUCCUCAAGAUGCGGAACCAGGAACAAGUGAUCAGUGGAGAAUAUAAAUGCUAUGAUUGGGGUCGGGAGGUGGGUUGAGAGGGUUGGGUAGAGAAGGGGGGAUGGGAAUACACAACAAAUGUAUCACACUUUAUAUUUUCACAGAUUCAAUCUUCAGGUCUCUCCACAACAAUGAAUAUUAAAUGUCUGUUUUAUACACUGCAACUUGGUGGGGUUGGGGGUCUGAACACAUACAUAUAUAAUAUAUGAAAUCAUUGUUCUGCCACCUAAAGCGUCUUGAUUAAGGAAUUGCUGUCCGAAGGGCUGAUUCAAUAAUUGGUGCGUAUAUUGAAGCUUAAUGGCUUGUUCUAUACAGCAAUGGGUUGAAGUUGUGCUUUCUGUAUUUUUUCAUCAUUCUUUUGUCUACAAGGUCUGAGCUGUAACAUAUGGGUCUAGAUUAGAAUUUCAGUACAUCAGUGCGUCCCUCCAUUGCUGGGACAACGUACUUUGUUACAAGCUCGUGGUUGUCUCUACUCCACCAGCCUGAGUUGGGUGUGCAGAGCUGUUAAUAUACGAGUUAAGACAUUCACCAUCUCGUCUCUACACGGAUCUCUGCUCAUCCCGAACUACCCAGUGUGGAGUUUAUCAUGUUCGUAUUCAAUAUUUGGUUCAAACUGCGUUUGAAAAGCAGGCAAUGCCUUGGGUGAGGUGCAGAGGUCCCUCAGUCAUGCUGGUCCUGCACUUUCUGAUGACAUGUGAAUGUGGUUCUUUUGGUGGUCCUGGGGUGGAGGGAAGGAUUACUGAAACUCCCUUUUAUUCAUUACUUUUGGAGAGUGGACAGUGUGGAGUGCAGUAGCUUUUUAAGAGGGUUGUGGAGUCUGUUGCCCAUCGUCCUCAGUGUUGGGUGGGAUGCCUCUUGGCUAUGUAACCCCUGUAGCUCCAUGUCAGCAUUUGUUGACUUGCUGUGGUUAGUGCACUUGUUUCCACCUCGCUAUACAUGCUGUUUACAUUCGGUGCUUGGCUCCCCAUUGAUGCCUGUGGAAAGCACCGCUGACAUGGGAGCUAGCUGUGGAGAAGUGAUCUGAGCGAGCACAUUUAGCACUCCUUCCAGAACCUCUGGGAGUGGCCCUAUUGAAGAUUGGUCACCAAUAGAAGUGGAAACCAUUUGUAUCUGUAGGUGGGGAAGAAUGGAAGGAGCCUUCAAAAAUACCCUUCCUUUCUUUUGUGAGUUCACCUGGCCUUGUUUAUUUGUGUGCAGUGUUUGUCUUGUACGAACAGAGGGAGAAGGAAAACCACUCUUAUUCAUGUAAAUGCCAUUUUGAUGCCUGCCUUUGACUGUCUCAGGGAGUGAGGGAGAGAAAUCUGUAAACUCUCCACUGUUUAAUGCCCGUUAUGACCAUGGCUGGUGCCUAGCCUCGCAGCAUUGAGUGUUGGGCUCAACCCAAUUGGUCUCUCCCAGCACCUUGAAUAACCUUGAAUGUCAAAUGCAAGGAGUGUUCUAACCCAUUUGCUCUGCUUUUGCUAAUGAGGAAUUCUUGAGAUUUUUCUCCUGCAGCUAAACGUCCCAUUUCUUGCUCCUUUCCAAAAUGUUUGUUUACAGUGACGGGAAAUCCAGAUUCCCCUUCUGUCCAGAGGGCUAUGGUAUGUGACUGGUGUGUGUGAAUGGGAUCGGGUGUGACUUGCGUGUUUUGAGAACUGAGCUGAGAAUGUGUAGGUACUGGGAAACGACAUUGAUGGAUGUAGAUGCACAUAUUUUGGAUUGCUUUGUUGCACGUGUCUUCACCCCUUGGUUACAUUGUUGUCCCCCAAACCACAGCCAGGUAUCUCGUUGAAAGGCCACUGAGCUCCUGAUUGUAAUGUGGGCAGUUACCCAAUUCCCCCCCCCCCCCCCCC